AUGUCUGUGUCUGCAUCCGUUUCCGCCUCCGCCUCCUCCAACCUCCCAUCCGAUUCUCGCUCCUCAGGACCCCUCCGUCGUCUGAGCCAACUGCGUGCCUAUACGCAGCAGCAUUUCUCCUCCUCCGCUUCCUCUUCCUCUUCCUCGCACCCUCCUGCUUCGUCAUCAUCGACCAACGGUCCCCGCAUCUCGCGUCGUCAUACCCUCAGCAGUCGAGUUUCCUGGUUUUCUCCCGCCUCCACUGGGACCGAAUCUUCGCAACUCUCGCCUGUGGGGUCUCGCUCGUCGGGCCCAUGUCCCGAAAGUGAGCAGCAGCCAUCCACUCUUGCCCGCUAUAGUGCGGUUUUUUUCCCCAGCUACCGCGGCCUCGAGCUCGACUUGCGUUCCUCCCGCCAGUCCGACCUGUCCAGCUCUUCUCCUUCUUCCAACAACCAAUCCGGUGGCCGUCAGACGACAGCUCAAGGCACGACCAUGGCGCGGCCCAGAGGUGCCUCUCAGGCGCUGGACGCGAGACCCGAUCUCGAUGGCACCAGUCCAUCGGCCUCGUCCAACCUCCACGCGGGAGCCCUCGACUCGUCCGACCCCGUGAUGUCGGAGAACCCGUCGACUGCGUCCCCGCGACCGAAGCAGAAAGCGACCAUUCGCUUCUUCCCCCAUCAAGACACCCAUCAAAGCUCCCGACCCUCCUUGCCCUUCAUCCCCGUCUCGCGAACGCUGCCGUCGGAAAGUUGCGUCAUCCGAGUUGGUCGGUACUCAGAACGCGAUGGUCUGCCCGUGGCCAACCCAACGGACCCCUCCGAUGCCCCGGUCGGGUUCAAGUCGAAGGUGGUGAGUCGGAAACACUGCGAGUUUUUAUACCUGAACGGCCAGUGGCAUAUCAAGGAUGUUGGAAGCUCGUCGGGGACGUUUCUCAACCACAUGCGCUUGAGCCAGCCGAACAUGCCGUCUCGGCUGUAUACGGUGAAGGAUGGAGAUAUUGUGCAGCUGGGGAUUGACUUUCGGGGAGGCGAGGAGAUGAUUUUCCGCUGCGUCCGUAUACGGAUCGAGUGUAAUCGGUCCUGGCAGCAGCAGCCGAAUGAAUUCAAUAAAAACACCGAGAGUCUGAUUCGGAAUUUGGGCAAGGGAGAUACAGCGGAUUAUUCUGGAUGUCGGGAAUGCUCCAUUUGUCUUGGUUCUGUUCUGCGGCCUUACCAGUGUUUGUUCAUGGCAGCCUGCGCCCACGUCUGGCAUUACAAAUGCGUUAGUCGUCUUAUCCACACGCCAGACUACCCCAUGUUCCAAUGUCCCAACUGCCGUGCCUACACCGAUUUAAGCGCCGAGGUCGAUGAUACAAACGAUUUUGACGAGGAGGACGAGAAGAAGGACACGCCAGAGGACAAGCAGGAUACCACCGAUGCAUCGCGGUCACAAACGAAUUCGCCCCAGUUGGAGGCUCAGCCAGCCCCUUCUGGCGACGAACCCCGCCAUGACAACCUGCCGGCCGAGGCAGGCCUCGCUGCCAAUAUUGAGAGCAUGCGUCUGCAAGACACAGAUGCAUCCGAUGAUGCGCGGCGUCCCCCCGCUCCCACGUCCAACAAUGAUGGCACCCCUGUCAAUGCCGAUAGUGAAGUCCCUGGCUGGCAGUCCGUGACCCAGUCACCCAAUGCUCUACAGGCCCGCCAGUCCCACCUGCGUGCGGACACCCCUGUCCGGUCCGAGUCAUCCGAGGACAAUCCUCUGACGCCACUGAACGAUUCGGGGCCCCUAGCCCUUGACGGCCGGGCCGCCAUGCCCUGA